AUGCUGCGAAGGCAGGCAAACUACGAUCCUACCAGCCCUGCUGCUUGGUCUACCUCAUUCCGAUGCUACGAAACCCCUGGCUUCUUCGACUACUCCAACUCCUACCCUCCAGGCGCCGGGCCGUAUGACACUGUCGAGCUUCCGAAGAAGCCCUGCCCAUAUGGUAUCCGCGCCAACAUCUUCUUCCCUUCUUGCUGGGACGGUGUCAACCUCGAUUCUCCCAACCAUUCCAGCCAUGUGGCUUUCAUGGAAGGAACCGUCAAUCCGAACAUGGGUAUCAUUCUCAUGAAUGGCAAGUGCCCCGAGACCCACCCCGUCCGACUUCCGAUGCUUUUCUUCGAGACCCUCUGGGACACAGCCCAGUUUAACCACCUCUGGCCUGAGGAUGGCAGCCAGCCCUUCGUUCUCAGCCAAGGAGACCCAACUGGCUAUGGACAUCACGGCGACUACAUCUUCGGAUGGGAAGGUGACGCACUCCAGCGAGCGAUGGACAACUGUGGUGCCGACAUCCUCGGUCUCCCCGAUUCCUGCCCCGAGCUCACCCAAAUCUCCGACGAGGAGAUGAACUCAUGCAAGCAGGAGCCAAAAGUCGACGAAGUGACUGAGGGAGUGUACCUCAAUGAACUCCCUGGCUGCAACCCCAUCCAGCACGGCCCUGAUCCAGCGACCAUGGUACCCAACUGCAGCGCGAUCUCGACGACGGGCAAGGCUGCUGCAACGCCUGCCGCUGCUGCGCCAAACGCCGCCCCUGCCGUUGUCACCCCAUGA